AUGCCAACUGCUCGUCGCAUCGGUGGACGCUGUACCGCAGACAGCUACCAGUACCAGCUGCAGUCCAUGUGGCAGAAGUGCUGGAACACCAACCAGAGCUUGGUGCACAAUCUUCGCUUCCGUGAGCGCGGCCCCCUGAAGUCGUGGCGCCCGGAGACCAUGGCCGAGGCCAUCUUCUCCGUGCUCAAGGAGGGGCUGUCGCUGUCCCAGGCGGCGCGCAAGUACGACAUUCCCUACCCCACCUUCGUGCUGUACGCCAACCGCGUGCACAACAUGCUGGGCCCUUCAGUGGACGGAGGAGCUGACCUGCGGCCCAAGGGGCGUGGCCGGCCCCAGCGCAUCCUGCUGGGCACGUGGCCGGAAGAGCACAUUCGCGGCGUGAUCCGCGCCGUGGUGUUCCGCGACACGCAGCACAUCAAGGAGGAGCCGCACCUGGGCUACGCGCGCCUCCCGGUACGCUCGCCCCACCACACCCUGGAGCCUCUGGGCGUGCAGGGCUACGGAGGCGGCGCGUGCAGCAACGGCCCGGAGCCCACGGUGUCCCCGGGCGCGGCCGCCGCCGCAGCGGUGGCCGUGGUGGCCCAGGGGCUGCGCCAGCAGAUGUGCAGCAUGGUGGCAGCGGCGCAACACGGCCACGGCGCCGCAGACGCCGGCCUCGCCAACAGCCUGGGGCUCCUCAACACGCCCCCGCCCCAGCAUGUGAGCGGCGGCGGCGGCCCGGGCAACGGCAACGGCAAUGGCAACGGCGGUCCGGGCAACGGCCACGGCGGCCCCGGCAACGGCGGGCCCCCAAGUCCGGCCCCGUCGGCGGCCCCAUGGGCGGCCCCACCGCGGCUGCCGCCCAUGGGCAUGCCCAGCCCGCCCGCCCUGCGCGCUGGCGGCCUUCGCCGCAGCACCCCGCCCGCCGUGGAAUCGCCCAACGCGGCCGCCGACGGGCCCAGCCCCGCGCCCUCCCCGCUCAACGCGCCCCUGGCCGGCGUCGAGCUGGGCAUCGGCGUGAGCGGCAUGACGUACAAGCCGGCGGCGUCCUUCACGUCGCCGCGCCCCGAGACGCUGUUCCAAGAGGACAUCGAGGAUAUCGUGAAGAGCCCCCAGCUCGUGGGCUCCCCCGACGCCCUGGGCGCGCUCAAGGAGCCGCAGGCGCUCACCGCCGCCAUCAAGAUGGAGCCGGUGGCCGAGGGCCCCCAGGAGUAG